AUGGAGUUGUGGUUGAAGGGGUCUGUGCCGAUCAUUGACGACAAGCCGGCGGAGCGGCUGGUCGGUAAGACUCGACGGCGUAGUGCAAGGGGAAGGGAAAAACUGGUGGCCGUGCAAGCAAGCCGAAAUAUACUCAAGCAAGAGCCUGGAGAUAAAUCACCUGGUGGGUGGGAGCGGUCUACGGCAGAAGCAACUGAGGCAUAA